UGCUGCUUUCAGUUCAUAAAAUUUUUUCGACGGAAGCGGUUCUGCUAGCGGAAAAGUGAAAAGUAGAGUUGCAGAGGCUGCCUGAAAAACUGAAGAAAAGCAAGCCCCUUAAUAAAAAGCAGCUCUCAGCUAAAAAACAAACACAGCAAUUUCUGCCCAGUCACCGCAAACCCCAAGAAGGCAUAAAUAAUUUUUCUGCAAAUUUGGCAACAACUCUAGAAGCGUGGAAAUAUUUGUCAAAAAAACAACAACAACAUCGCGAGUGCACGUGAGUGUGUGUGUGUUGUCAAGUGCCAGUGUGUGUGUCUGUUUGUGACAGAUAAAAAAAGGAGAGAAAAGAAAAGAAGUUGUCGAAAGUCGUGCAAGAAAAUUAAAAAAAAAGUGCAAGCGCCGCAGGGAAAUUGUCCGGAAAAAUCGCAAAAUCCAUUGUUUUUUGCCGGCAUCUUAAUGACGUCACGUCGUGCCGCAAACAGCAACUGCAACAUCGCGCGUGUUUAGUUACACACACACCAGCGCAGCGACAAAGAAAAAAAAAGGUUAAAAAUACAUUUUCCAUCGGCGUAAAAGUAAAACAAUAAACAAAUACAAGAAAAACCAGCAGCCCAACAACAAUUUCAACAACUUCAACUUUGCCAGCAACAACUACAAGAGCAACUACAACAACAACAAGUCAGCUGGACUACCGAAGAUAAUGUAAAAUCAGCUUACACACAAAAAGCAGUAAAAUAAUAAAUACAGAAAAUUAACAGCUGCGUCUAUCUAUAGAUAUAAACACACACACACAUCUAUAUAUUUAAAUAAGCGUUCGAUUUUAAUCAAAAUUAUAGCCCAAGCUAUCAGCUACCCCCACAAGCUUUGUACUCCACAAAAAACGCUAACGAAAAAAUCGAUAAAAACCAGAAACCAGCUGAAAUCAUACCAUCUACCAUAGAUCUAUGCUAUAUACAUAUAUAGGUGCUGAUCUGUGCUGUUGAAUUUAGUGUUUUUUUGUGUGUGCGUGUCGCGAGAGGAGCACUACAAAAAUCAAAAAAAAAAAAGUAAAGAAAAAACAAAAAACUUUCUCUAGUCGCUAGGCUAAAACUAUAUAAACUCCAGCUAACCCAGAUCCGUAAACAGCAAAUAGUUAUAUAUCUAUAACCCCGAUACCGAUACUGAUACCGAUACUGAUACACGAUGGCCAACGUUGUGAAUAUGAACAGCCUGUUCAACGGCAAGGACUCGCGCUGGCUGCAACUGGAGGUCUGCCGCGAGUUCCAGCGCAACAAAUGUUCGCGCCAGGACACCGAGUGCAAGUUCGCCCAUCCCCCGGCCAACGUGGAGGUCCAGAACGGCAAGGUCACCGCCUGCUACGACAGCAUCAAGGCCACGCAACUCUUAGACAUGGACAACUUCAAGGGCCGCUGUAAUCGUGAUAAACCGCCGUGCAAAUAUUUUCAUCCACCACAGCAUCUGAAGGAUCAGUUAUUGAUAAAUGGACGCAAUCAUUUGGCCCUCAAGAAUGCACUGAUGCAACAGAUGGGCAUCGCGCCCGGCCAGCCGGUCAUAUCGGGCCAAGUGCCAACCGUGGCCACAAAUCCCUAUCUGACUGGCAUUCCGGCCAACUCGUACAGUCCGUACUACACAACGGGUCACCUGGUGCCCACCUUGCUGGGUCCCGAUCCCACGGCCGUGGCAUCCCAGCUGGGACCGGUGGUGCCCCAGGCGGUGCAGGUGGCACAGCAGAAAAUACCACGAUCCGACAGAUUAGAGGUGUGCCGCGAAUUCCUGCGCGGCGCCUGCAAACGGGCGGAAUCGGAGUGCCGGUUUGCCCAUCCGCAGGAGAGCGUGGCCAGGCACGACGACGGCUCGAUAACGGUUUGCAUGGACGCCGUGAAGGGCAGGUGCGCACGCGACCCCUGCCGCUACUUCCAUCCCCCCCUGCACCUACAGGCACAAUUAAAAGCGGCCCAAACACGCGCCACCGCUGUCGCUGCUGCAGCUGCGACCUCACCUCUUACGGGACACCAUCACCAGCAACAACAACAGCAACUAUUGCAACAGCACCUGAACAACAUGAACAACAACAACCACAGCACCGCUGGCGCAGCAGCCACCUCGACAACAGCAACAACAACCACAAACAACGCCGCUGCCGCCGCCGCCGCUGCUACCGCCGCCGCUGCCGCCGCUGUCAUGGGCCAUCACACACUGGAAUUGGGCAAGAAGCGGGCGGCGGACACAACCGAUAUGUUUCCACUGAUGGAUGUUAAAACGGUUGGUUCAUUUUACUAUGAAAACUUCCAAUUCUCUGGCAUGGUUCCGUUCAAACGUCCAGCUGCCGAAAAGUCUGGCAUUCCAGUUUAUCAGCCCGGUGCGACCGCCUAUCAGCAGCUAAUGCAGCCCUAUGUGCCAGUCUCAUGUGAGUAUCCCCAACAACAACAACAACCACAACAACAACAACAACAACUACAUCAACAACAACAACAACAAAAUGUACUACUACAACAACAACUACAAUUAAGUAGCGCCAUAACAACAACAACUACAACAGCAACAGCCAGUAAUAAUAUGAUUAAUAUUAUUAAUAAUAAAAGUACCAUAAACGCUGUAAUUGCUACUACCAAUAUACCAUCAUCAGCAGCAAUAGCAACAACAACAGCAUCAUCAUCGUCAUUAUUAUUACCAUCAUCAUCGGCAUUAGCAACAACAACAACAACAGCAACAACAGCCAUUACUAAUACUAACGAUAGUGAUCCUGAAACCGAUCACAAUCCCGAUCAUGAUAAAGCUAACGAUAGCACUGCUGAUGGUGACACUGAUAAUGCGGAUCGCAGCGAUGCCAUUGAUCAAGCUAGCAAUCAAGACAAUAGUGACCAAACGAAUCCAAAACUGAAUCUUAAUCUGAAUCUGAAUCCGAACCAAAAUCCAAGUCCCUCGAACGAAUGUAAUACAACACGAACAAUCUCACCAACAAACCCAGAAACAUCUGUAACAACAACAGAUACAUUAGACACUACUGCCCCUGCAGCAGCAGCAGCAUCUGCCACGCCCCCCAAUGGCAACACACCGCCCCCUAGUUCCCCCCCAGCCGACAGUCUUCUGCCCCUGCCCAAUGGCCUGGGCGACAAUAACAACUACUUGUCCUAUAUCAACAACAAUCUGAACAAUGGCCAGCUCAAGUCGGCCAAUUCCGAUGAACUAAAUGGGGAUAUAGAAAGUGGUAACCCAGCAGCAGCAUCGGCAUCUCGCAACUAUGCCAAGCAGAAUGGCGAGGCCUAUUCGCGGUACACGGUUAAUGGUCACAGCACCGGCAUCCUGCCCACACCGACUACUUCUGCUCCGGCAGUUUCCUAUCAAUCCCAGGCUCAAGCUCAAGCUCAAGCCCAAGCCCAAGCUCAAGCUCAAGCUCAGGUUCAGGCCCAAGCUCAAGCCCAAGCUCAGGCUCAAGCUCAAGCUCAGGCCAAUUUGCAGCGCAUUAACUAUGCCAUGCCCGCCUUCAGCUAUGGCAAUCUGUACUCCCCCUAUGGAGGAGCCACCUCCACCAUGGUGAGCCUGCCCAGCAGCACACCCUCCUAUGCCCAGGCUCAGAUGCAACAGCAUCAGCAGCAGCAGGCGCAACAGCAGCAACAGCAACAACAGGCUCAAGCUCAGGCUCAAGCCCAAGCUCAUGCCCAGGCUGCCUAUGCCCAGCAGGCCUAUGCCGCCUAUGCUGCCGCAGCGGGACUGGCCCCCCAAUCCUCCGCCGCCGGUGGAUACUACACCGCCGAUCCCGCUGCUUUGGCCAAGGAAGUGGCCCAGAAGAACUAUGCCCUGAAGGUGGCCAGUGCAACGGCUGCCAAGCCCGGAGGCGCCUCCUCGGCGGCAGCUGCCUACACCGGACUGACCCUGAACAAGAGCUAUGUGGCGGCUGCCACAGGUCCGCAGGCCGUUCAGGCUGCCCAACCUCAGGCCGUUUCCAUGGCAGCUCUACUACAAAUGCAGGCCCAAGCCCAAGCUCAGGCUCAAGUCCAGGCUCAGGCCCAGGCUCAGAUGCGCCAGUUGGGAUCCCUACCCAACUCCGGACUGGCUACCCCAGUUCAAGGCACUCCAGUGCGCUCCGCGCCAGGUGGAUCAGUCAAUCCGAGUCAGUAUCAGUCGGCUGCCCUUCUAAGAGCCCCCUCACCCAUGCCAUAUGCCCAGGCCCAGGGAUAUUUCUAUCCCGGAAUGAUGCCCACUACAGGGUAUGCGAUGCCGCAGACUCAGGCUGCUGCUGCACAGCAAUACGCAGCAGCUGCUGCGGCGGCCGCAGCAGCCGCUCAGGGAGGAACUCCAGGCAGUGCCAUGGUUUUGAACCCCUACAAGAAGAUGAAGACCUCCUAAGAACCCAUCGCCUAACUAAAAACUAACUUUAAACUCAAACACAACUGUACUUAAGACACCCAGCCAUCUAACAGAUGAAAAGUCACACUUAACUAGAUUCGUAGAUUUAAACACAUCGAAGACGUAAGAUAAUGUGCCUCAGUUUUCUUGAAAAGGACAAGUAGAGAGAAUACCUUAGUUGUACCAUAGGCCUCAUAGCGAUAGAUAAAAAACGAACCAUGACACGAUCAAUAAAAUCAGACAGACAGCGAGACAGAUCGAAGAUCAAAGCCUACUAACACGAAUGCCCAAAACUUGCUGAUAAUUUGCCAUUAAGUUAUUUGACAAACGAAAUACAACCUCACUGUGACUCAAAAGUGUUGCCAUUUUUGCACAAGAAGAAUCGAAAAAGCAUGCUUUCAAAGCACAAGCAAACAGAAGAGAAACAGAUGUUAGCUGAUAGUAAUACUUAAGUUCCUUUUUCGGAUAGCACUUAGUCAACUCUAGUUUAUAGAAACACAAACGGAGGGCGGGAUUAGAGAGGGGAAAUAAAAAACACAACAAGGAACUGUGAUAGCGAAAAGCUUUGAGGGAUCAAACAGAUAAUGCCAUGGGCGGAAGGAUAGUCCCCCUAAGCUGCUACCGAUGCUGGGUACAGUUGUGAUUGCUUGUUGCUAGCUGCGGGUGCUUGAUGCCACAUCGCCGUCCCUGUCUCGUAUAGCUAUCUCUCUCGACCCCGCUCACCAUCCAUUUCCCGCGCUCUCUCUCUCUAACAACCUAUCGCUGUCUCUGAAUGUUUCCUAACUAUAACUAGCUAGAUAGCUAGCGUGAAUGCUGUUGUAAUUGUUUAAAAUUGUUGAGCAACGAUAAAUGCGUAACGAAUAUUGUCUAGUUUAUAUAGAUUACUUAUACGAUAAACAUAUAUACCUAGCUGUACGUGCUGUAUGCUGCUACCCAUAUACAAUACGAUAUAUACACCCACACUAUGUACUCUAACACACGCUCAUCCUUCACCAAAUUCACCGAAAAAAAAAACAAACAAAAAUGGCAUAAACAUGACCAGGAUCGAUCUGUAAAUCGUAUGUCUAGCUUACUAAUCAGAUAUUACAGUACAGUCACCACCCACUAUCACGUCUCUCUCUCCGUUUCACAAUAACACACCAAAACACCCGUACACCUUUCAGACUGUUAAGCCAGCAAAAUUGAUUUAUGUUAAUGUUACUUUAUCAAGAUUUAAAUUUGAUGUGUUGACCUGAACUAUGUAAAUCCUUUUGAUUUUUAACAACUAUCUUUAUCCCACUCGUCAUCUGACUCUUAAACCUCUAUCGCCCACUCUUUCGAUGUAUUAUAAAUGUUUUCCUUUCUGUAAACGAAUUGUUAAGCAAAGAAUAAAAUCAUUGACAAACAUAACUAAGUUUUUAAUGUUAGAUCUCGUGUGAUUAUCCGUUUUUUCUUUACUUUCUUUUCUAUGUAAUUUUUACGUUGAUAUUUAUGUAUUUUAUGUACUUAUAAACCAGUUUUUAGUGUAGUUAUUAUAUAAUUUUUAAAGUGUGUUCCCGAUUGAAAAAUUUGAGAAGAUUCUACAACAAGAUAAAUUGCCACUGACUUGCGCACCUUAAGUUUUAGACUCCCCGCCUACACCCCGCACCCGCAAAAACUCCUCAUCCGAGAACAUCCUACAUACAUUACUAUUCGAUAUAUACGAUAAUCUCUGUAAAAUUGUUUUUAAUUAAAGUACUUCUAAUGUCUUACAACGAUUUGAUGUUUGCCACUAAUUCUUAUCCUAAUUCUAAUCCUAAUUCUAGUUUAGUUUCGAUAGUUUUUAUUAAUGUUUUAUUUGAAAUACCGUGUGUUUAUCUAAAUAUAUAGUUUACGAAAAAACAAAUAUAUAUAUCUUAUUGUGUGUUGGUAUUUUACUUUAUUUGAUUUAAUUUAUUCGGUAUUCACUUGAUACUCGUUUUCUGUUGUGCCGCUUUACAUCUCACCUCUGAUUUAAAUGUACUCCUUUGAUCAAGGACAUGUCAGAUCCCGAUCCACAAAAACACAAGCUUUGCCGAGCGCUUUCGGGCAGAGCAGCACCCUUAUUAUCAUCUAUUUCCCUUCCCAGAGCUUGGCGAACUCCUAAUUUAAUACCAUUAUUAAAUAUUAUUUUGUUUUUCGCUCAUUCCCGCUAAAAAUUUCUCACUUCCACACAGAAACACCCACAUAAUAUAAGGACUGCCUGAGUUUUCUCCUUUGACCUGCUUCCCCUAACUAUUGCUUCUUCCCAAAGGGAAAUCUGAUUAUUAUCCAUCCGUUAAUCCAUCUCAUCCUAUAUAUGUUUUAGCUCUUAGAAUAAUGGCAAGCAAAAUGAGUACGCUAAUGGUAGAGAACUAGUUGUAAAAUCUGAAUAUACUAUUUAUCUGAACUAUGGCCAGCUAAUGCUUGGCUUACUCUAUAUACUCGAUAAGAAAGAUGCUUACUAAACAUGGCAGCCGAAUACAAUAUAUAUACGAAUAGCAAACUAAACCAGAUCUAAAUAUACCUAUAUCCAUCUUAUAUCUCAAUGUCUUGCAUAAAACUAUGAUAACAUUAUCUAUAUGUGUCGUAUGGUUAAUUUUUUCGUUGACAAUGUAGAACUGUUGCCGUUCGCCCAUAAUUUCAGCAAAUGAAAGUAUAUGCGAAAAUGUUUAGAAAACGCUCUCGAACUAAAAAACGCUAAGAACUAAAGCAAAAACAAAGUGAAACCAAACCAAAACACCACUCACCACUGCAUGGCGCCAAGAUACAACAGACUUGCAUUUCAGACCUAAGAGCUCAUAUUUUAUUCCGCUUCUUUUCCAACUUGCAAUGCACCAAAAACACAGCAACAAACAGACAAACAACAAAAACAGUAUGUUAACAUUAUCAUGCAAUAAUAAUUGUCAGUUGACACUAGGAUAACAAUGAGUUAGGCUGAUUUUCAAUAUACAAAUAAAAAAAAAAAAAAAAAAAAAAACCAACCACUUAGGAAACCACAGUCCAUUCCAAUAUAAUCAAUGGGUUUUCAAGCCUUCUUCAAUAGA